UACGGCGGCCGCGGAGGGAAGGCGGAAGUAGGGGACGAUCAUGGCGGCGGCGGCGGCGCUGGAGCGGUGGGUAUCCGGGGAGCUACAGGCUCUGCUGGGGCUGAGCGGGCGGCACGUCCCCGCCUUCCUGGUGGCGUUGGCGCGGCGGAGCCGUAGCGUGGAGGAGCUGCUGGAGCGGCUGCGGGAAACGGAGGCGCUGCGAGUGGAGGAGCCGCGCGUGCGCGCCUUCGCGCGGGAGCUGUGGGACAAGGUCCCCCGGGAGGCACCACGGGAACCCCCGGGCCGAGCGGCUGAGCGGGCGGCGCGGGAGCUGCAGCGCCGCAGCCAGGGCUACCGAUUGGUCGAUAGCGAUGAUGAGGGGGCGGGCCCCGCCCCCAGCUCCGCCCCUUCCCAUGGCUCCACCCCCGGCAUGGCCGACGCUUCCCACCGCCGCCGCCGACACCUCCGACGACGACGCUCCGAGUCGCCCGAGGCCUCCAGCCCCUCGCCGCCAACGCCCCUGGCUCCAGAGCCCCCUGAAGAGCCGGAAGCGGAAUGGGAAGCAUCGGAGCGGGAACGGCUGCGGGACCUGGAAGAACGCGAUGCCUUCGCCGAGCGUCUGCGCCGCCGCGACCGUGACCGCACGCGCACUGUCCUCGCCCGCCCCGAUGCCAAGGCCUAUGAAGAAGCCCAGAAACGCCUCAAAGUCGCCGAAGAAGAUCAAAAAACCAUGGUUCCGGAGCUACGGAAAAAGUCCCGCCGGGAAUACCUAGCUAAACGGGAACGAGAUAAAUUAGAAGAACUGGAAGCGGAGAUCGCUGACGAGGAAUAUCUUUUCGGGGAAGAGGCGCUGACGAGGGCGGAGCGGCGUGAGCUGGAGUACAAACGGCGCGUGCGGGAUCUGGCCCGCGAGUACAAACGGGCCGGGGAGAAGGAGAAACUGGAGAAAAGUAACCGGUAUUACAUCCCUGAGGAAACACGGGGCAAGAAGAUCCCAGAACGUGAGGAAGCAACGGGAGGGGAGGAAGAGCGGAUGGCCCCCCGGGAUGAGCAGCGGCGAUGGGAAGAGGAACGGAUAGGGGCGGCUUCCCUGAGGUUUGGGGCACGCGAUGCCGCCCGCCGUCAGCCCUCCAAAGAUUACGACUUUGUGCUGGAGGAAGAUGAGAUGAUCCAGUUCGUCAGCGCCGUGCAGAUGAAAGGCACUGAACCUGAUAAGGAGGCACCGGCGCCGGUGCCAGAAGCGGAGCGGCGGCGGCAGUCAGCGCAGGAGGUUCGCCGUAGCCUUCCCAUCUUCCCUUACCGCGACGAGCUGGUGGCUGCCAUCGCUCAGCACCAAAUCCUGGUCAUUGAGGGGGAGACCGGUUCUGGCAAGACCACCCAGAUCCCCCAGUACCUGCACGAGCAGGGCUACACGCGCCAGGGGCUGAAGAUCGGCAUCACGCAGCCGCGGCGUGUGGCCGCCAUGAGCGUGGCCGCCCGCGUGGCCGUCGAGAUGGGCACUAAGCUGGGCAAUGAGGUGGGGUACAGCAUCCGCUUCGAGGACUGCACGUCGGAGCGGACGGUGCUGAAGUACAUGACGGACGGGAUGCUGCUGCGGGAGUUCCUGACCGAGCCCGACCUCGGCUCCUACAGCGUGAUCAUGGUGGACGAGGCCCACGAGCGCACCCUGCACACCGAUGUCCUCUUCGGGCUGAUCAAGGACAUCGCCCGGUUCCGUCCCCAGCUGAAGGUGCUGGUGGCCUCGGCCACCCUCGACACCCAGCGCUUCUCCGCCUUCUUCGACCAGGCCCCCGUCUUCCGUAUCCCUGGGCGCCGCUUCCCCGUUGACAUCUACUACACCAAGGCGCCCGAGGCCGACUACCUGGAGGCGUGCGUGGUGUCGGUGCUGCAGAUCCAUGUCACCCAGCCCCCCGGGGACAUCCUCGUCUUCCUCACUGGCCAGCCCUCCCCCCAGGUAGUGGUGGCCACCAACAUCGCGGAGACGUCAGUGACCAUCGACGGGAUCGUCUACGUGCUGGACCCCGGGUUCUGCAAGCAGAAGAGCUACAGCGCCCGCACCGGCAUGGAGUCCCUCGUGGUCACCCCCUGCUCCCGGGCCUCGGCGAACCAGCGGGCAGGCCGGGCAGGACGGGUGGCUCCUGGGAAGUGCUUCCGCCUCUACACAGCUUGGGCCUUCCAGCAUGAGCUGGAGGAGACGCCGGUGCCCGAGAUCCAACGCGCCGACCUGGGGUCCCUCGUCCUGCUCCUCAAGAGCCUCGGCAUCAACGACCUCAUCCACUUCGACUUCCUGGACCCACCACCCCACGAGACGCUGGUGCUGGCGCUGGAGCAGCUCUACGCCCUGGGCGCCCUCAACCACCUGGGAGAGCUCACCACGCUGGGCCGGCGCAUGGCGGAGCUGCCGGUGGAGCCCAUGUUGGCCAAGAUGAUCCUGGCCUCCGAGCAGUACGGCUGCACAGAGGAGGUGCUGACGGUGGCGGCCAUGCUUUCGGUCAACAACGCCAUCUUCUACCGCCCCAAGGACAAGGUCCUUCACGCUGACAGCGCCCGCCUGGGCUUCCAUGUCCCCGGGGGGGACCACCUCGUCCUGCUCAAUGUCUACAACCAGUGGGUGGCCAGUGGACACUCCCUGCAGUGGUGCUACGAGCACUUCGUACAGGCGCGCUCCCUGCGCCGGGCGCGGGACGUGCGGGAGCAGCUGGAGGGGCUGAUGGAGCGCGUCGAGGUCGCCCCUUCCUCCUGCGCCAGCGACUACGUACCCGUCCGCAAGGCCAUCACUGCCGGCUUCUUCUACCACACGGCACGGCUGACGCGGGGCGGUUACCGCACGGUGAAGCACCAGCAGACGGUUUUCAUCCACCCCAACAGCUCCCUCUUCGAGGAGCAGCCCCGCUGGGUGCUCUACCACGAGCUCGUCUUCACCACCAAGGAGUUCAUGCGGCAGGUGAUCGAGAUCGACAGCGCGUGGCUGCUGGAGGUGGCCCCCCAUUACUACCAGGCCAAGGAGCUGGAGGACGCCAGUGCCCGCAAGAUGCCCAAGAAGGUGGGCAAGAGCCGGGACGAGCUGGGCUGA